GGUAGCAGUGUUGACAUCAUCGCCUCACAGAUGGCAUGAGGCGGCUCUCAUCUCUUCUACUCCGCAGUCUGGCUCUCUCCUCCUCAUCACUCCGGUCUCUCCUCUACCUCAGUCGAGCUCUCUCCUCCACACAGUUCUUCAGCGCCAGGAUGCCCUUCUACGCCGUCGCCAGGGGCAAUACCCCGGGGGUGUACGAGUCCUGGUCUGAGUGUCAAAAACAGAUACAAGGUUACAAAUGCGCUCGUUACAAAAAGUUUGCCACCAUGGACGAAGCUAACGAAUUUAUCCAAGAAAAUUCUCUUACAAAUCCAGUUGUAGAUCGUCGGGAGAAACAAGUAGCAGACACUGCGAAAGAAAGUACUGAAAAGAAGGCCCCAGAGGAGAGUUCAGCGGAAGCUAGCCCUGACAAGAGGAAGCACGACGAUGAUGAUUCGGAUGAAGAAGCUGAAGGACAAACGGCUGUCAAAAAACUAAACACGGGUGAUUCUACCGAUGACAAGACAAAGUUUUCCACUGACAGCGAAGAUUAUCUCAUUGUUUAUACCGAUGGAUCGUGUGAAUUCAAUGGAAGAAAUGGCGCCAAGGCUGGUAUUGGUGUGUACUUUGGACCAAAUCACCCUCUUAAUGUGAGUGAGCCUGUUAAGGGAAGAGCAACCAACAACACGGCAGAAAUUCAGGCUGCUACGUAUGCCUUGGAGUUGUCUAAAGCUUCAGGAUUCAGUAAAGUGGCAGUGCAUACAGACUCUCAGUUCAUGAUUAACUGCAUGACCUCUUGGUUAAAGAACUGGAAGAAAAAGAAUUGGGUGAAAAGUGAUGGAGAACCAGUAAAGAAUAAAGAGGACCUCAUUACUCUAGAUGCAGCCACUGAAGGAUUGGCUGUUAAAUGGGUACAUGUUAAAGGUCAUAUAGGUCACGAAGGCAAUGAAAUGGCUGACAAACUGGCCAGACAGGGUGCAAAGCUGUACAAGGCUGAGGAGGCUGAUGAUCCAUGAAUUCUAAAUGCCAAUUUUAAGAAUAUGCUAUAAAUGCCCUGCCUUUCAAGGCAUUCAUAUCUUGUGUACUUAAUUAUUGACAUACUGUACGUUGAAUGGAGAAUUUUUCAAUGCGAAAGAUAAAAAUUACUUUUGAUAAUUUUUAUUUACACAACUGCAUACAUAGGUUUAAUUUCUGUUCGGCUGUACAUGAUAAAAUCUAAAGAAAAUGUCCAAAGACCUAAUUUUCCUUUUUUCUGACUAUCAUACAAUAAGACAUCAUUCAUGCAGACUUCAUCCUGUAUGUUUACUUAACGAUAAUUUAUACAAAUUGUAACUACCCAAUGAUCUGAUUUAUUUCUUGAGGGGGAGAAAAAUGGAUAUUUGGUGUGAUUAUUUUUUCCAAAUGACUUUGGAAACUUACAAAUUUUAUAUUUUUUCAUAUACAGUAUACACUUUAUAUAGUUAAUGCUGUAUUGUUAUUUCACAUGUAUCCUGUGUGAACCUUCUCAGGAUACUGGCUAUUUUCAUAUUUGUGUAAUAAAUUAUAUCUAGA